ACUCCCAAAGGCUCACUCACAGCACUCAGGUCUCAGACAACUUGGAAUUUUCUUGGAAUAAAGUUAGCAAAAUAGCAUGUAGCAGGAAGUUCAGAAAUAUCAUGGAUCUUUAGGAAUAUGGCAGAAUUGUGCGGUGCAAGGUAGAAGACGAGUCAUUUUUAGCAAAGAAAUACACAAAUGUUAGCCAAACAGUAGCCCCUCCUCCCCCAUCAAUGACACUGGGUGAAAACGUUAACAUCUGUUGUCAUGGCUACAAUUUUGCUAAUAUUAAACAUUGAUUAUUGAUUAGACUGUAUUGGAUAGGAAGCUGUAUUUCUCUGUGUUCGUGUUUCCCUCUGUUGUCCUCCCCUCAGUCUGAAGUGGGUUGGAUCGACUGGCAAGGAGAGUGAUGUCAUGACAGAGUGUGGAUAUUUGCUUAUUAGGGCCGAUCAAUUCUGAGCACAGGUUGCACACACAAAAAGAUGUGGUUCCUUUCAUAUUGAUAUUUUCACUUGUCUGUGCGUAAUGCGUGCGCCUGAAACACAACGGGACUGAAAACAACGUGGAGGGAAAUAUUUAAAAAAAUCCCUGAUCGAGUUAGAGGGGAUCAUUUUCAUGUAACACUUUUGUAAUGAUAAUCUUCGGAGCUCGGUAAUAAGAGGAGUGAAAUCUGCCUCUUGUCAGCGUUUACGAUGAGAAGCACUUGCAUGAUUAGAUGUUUUGCAAUCGAUGCAGUCUCUUCUUCCAAUCAUUAAGACUGCUCUUAACAGAUUACAGCCCCCUCCCAAACACGCACACCCUGUCCUCCCGCUCCUCUUCCUCUCUGUGCUCCUCCGCCUGUCUUGCACAAUCCUUCCUUCAGAGAACAGAACAGUAGAUGUGACUUUUUUCUUACUUCUUCAGCUCUCUUUCAAUCUCCUGGAGAUUUUUCUGCCGCUGGAGUCGAAAUAUCACCACAGAGGUUUUUGAUCUGUUUAUAAAAGGCUCCGUUGAUGACCACAUGAACAGGCAGGGGGCAGUGAAAUGGUGACUCCAGCCAAUCUGUCUAUUCUACCAAUGGAUCUUAUAACAAUCCUCUGUCACUUUAUGCUCUUGUCUCUCGAUCUUUCAGCAGCCACAAGCCUCAUCACGGCUGACAUAUUCGAAGCCAGAGGUCAACGUGUGUGUAAGGCAGGGAAAGGAAAACCCUGCUACAAGCUGGCCUAUUUCUCUGAGCUACGGCGCAGGCUGAACUUCGCAGAGGCAGAACUGGCCUGCCAACGUGAUGGAGGACAGCUGCUGAGCGUGGAGUCGGAGUCUGAGCAGAAGAUCAUCGAGCAGCUCAUCACAGAACUCCGCCCGACGGACGGAGACUUCUGGAUUGGUCUGCGACGAAAUGAUGGGAACGAGGACAGCAGCUCAGACUGCUCUCCAGAGUACUACUGGCUGGACGGCAGCAAGUCUACGUUCAGGAACUGGCACUGGGACGAGCCGUCCUGUGGUUAUGAGGUGUGUGUGGUGAUGUAUCACCAGCCGUCAGCGCCCCCUGGUCUCGGUGGCCUCUACAUGUUCCAGUGGAACGAUGACAACUGUGAAACUAAGAACAACUUCAUCUGUAAAUACACUGCAGAGAAACCAUUGGAGCCAUCUCCUUCUCCUAACUCAACUAAGACAGAGGUCUUCCCUCCAUCGGUGCUUCCCUGGAGCCCAAGUGACGGCCACCAGAACAGAAGUACAGCUGUAAAUUUGAUAUACAUCAUAAUUCCCACCAUCCCCCUGAUACUGCUGCUGCUGACAGUGAUCGGAGUCUGCUGCUUCAAAUUAGUGGGCACACGAAAGAGAAAAGAGCAGAAAUCAGAAGUUUGCCAGACAGACCCAGGCCUGUGUCCCAGCCCAACUUCAAACGAUGUCUACAAUGUCAUACGUUCCCAGAAGGAUGACGAUCUGGUUUCAGCUCGACCAACCACUAAGAACACCUCCUUCUUAAGCUCCUCCCCUGACACACCCACAGGUGACUAUGACAACCUAGGAGGUCGGGACACUGAGAGCGGUUUUGUGACUCUUGCUAGCACAGAGAGCUGCUUCCUGAACAUGGACCUCAAUGACCUCAGCCUCGGACGCCGCGUUACCCGUGACUUUUAUGACACCAGCCUUGGCCGCCCAGGAAAGCGGGAGCUGAAUGAUGGCAGUCUGGGCCGCACCGGGCACAGGGAGUUUUACGACCGCAGCCUAGGUCGUCGUACGACAAAGAGUGAGCAUUUUGGCAGCAGCGUGUACGGAGACCAUGGAUUGUACGAUGGCAGCGUCCGAGCAGCGAGUGACCUCUACGAUCCCAAGCUGAGGCCCGGAGGUCACGCGGUCAAAGCUGAUCUGUAUCAGACGUACAUCAGCAAUGGCAAGGAAGACACUUACCAAAGCAGCCUGGGAAAUUAUGCAAACCGAAAAUCCUUUCAAUCUAAUCUGGACACCUACAGAAACGGCCUGAAUUAUGACAGUGGUAGGAGAUACUUCAACGAACAAGACUGGAUCAACAGACACAACUACUGAUCCUCUCAACAGUUAUUUACAUUUUGAGUUUAGUCAGUGGUGUGCUCAAGUCUUUGGCCUUUAUCACAUUUUGGUUUUUCAAGAAAGCAACAAUUUCCCACUCCAGUGUCCAGUCUAUUCCCCAACUCACUUAAACAUAUAGUC